AUGAUCCGUAGGUAACUUGGCCUCAGUUUCUUGACGCUUUUUGCAAAAAUGAUCAACAGAACGUUUGAUCCGCUCGGCAUAAGCUAUCGAUUACCUAAAGAUUGCUUGCAAGGCGCGGCUCGCCAGCCUGACAUGAAAAUUGAGGAAAUUCGAACUGAAGCGUCAUUUUUCAGUUGUUCCAACUAUCCUAAAAUCAGCAUAUUUUGCAAAUAUGAUCCCUACAGUACACGCUGUUUGUUGUUGAAAACACACAAAACAGUUCAUCGCAACAAAUAAUCCGAUCGCUGUUUUUAAAGCGAAAUUUCCAUAUUCAUAGAUAUUGCGUGUCGAAUGUUCCCAUUGUUGUUUGCAAUUCGCACAUGUGAUCGCCGACAAAAACGAAUUUGUUUUUACGGGUUACUACAGUAGCUGCGAGGCCUAGAAUUCAAUCUCGGGCAAUUUGUCAUGGUCGGAACGUUUUGUAGUCUAGAAUAGAAUAAGCGAAUUUGUUCUCCAAUUGGAAAUAGUCCGAUUUAGACAUGGCGCAGGCCGGUCCCGGGGUUUUAGUACCAAAUUUAGUGCACAUGUUUGCAAAAUACGUUUCCCGCCUUGUACCAGCUAAUUUUCAAUGAAAAAACUGAAAAAUAUCGAUCAUUUGUUGCAAAGUAACAGUGAUUUUUGAACAAAUUUCCACUCUUGCUCCUCAAUCCAUUCAAAAGACUAGAAUGUGUCGGCAACUGACUCCUCCACCUCCUCCUUCCUCAUCUUUUUGUUCCGGGCAGCUCCGGCUGUGCUAUCUCAUUUUCCGACCAGAUUUCCUGGUCUGUGUGUGUGUGUGUGUGUAUGUGUGUGAUGGCACCACAUGUGUGUUCACUCAACUUUUGCUGCUUAGAGUUUUCCGAGCUUUUGUCGGAAAAUGAAAACGAAGCGAAUUGAAUCGGUUCCACCUGCGGGCUUUUCUAAUCAAGCUCGCACUUGUGCUCUUUGCUCUCGCCACGUGAAAUUCACACGCUUUACUCUGUUUGUCCCCCCGUCGAAAGUUUCAAUGGUUUUUCGGUGAAAAACAAAACAAAAAAGGCGCCGUGAUGAAAUGUUCCGAGCGGAUCAGUUUCCAAUGUACUUUUGCCUAAUCAGCAACACGCUGACCGACCGAGUAGGGAGCAGAAGAAAAGAGAAGGGGGGGCAAUCAAAACACUUUUCGGCUCGCCGAGCCCACCGCUCGACUACACCGUGUAGUGGAGCAGAACCACACACGCUCAUACACACACAAAAUUUCGGCGGAUCACACGUAUUUUCGCAUUCGUGCCAUGUUUUUGCGGAAGACACGCCCACUUUUGGUGGCGCUAUCAGUUUGUCAGUCCGCUCUCAACUUUGAUCGUCAAUAUUGAAAUCAGAAUCAGCAGAUUUCUCCUUUUUUUUCUGUUGUUCUUUCUUCUCGCUAAAUUCGGAUCAACGUUUGUUCGUGCUCACUUUUUCUGGGCAAAAUUGAGGUUCUAUAUGCGAAACGUCUGGAAAAAUUGAAAGUGUGUAACGUUGUCGAAAGCAGUAGAGACUAUUUUCCCAGGCGUUUCUCGAAACUGAAAUAACAUCUCGCGCCCAAACCACUUGGCGCGAGGCCAAACUGACCUUUCUCUCGUUCUCUCGGUCCGUGCCAGAUCAGCCGAUAGAUCGACUAAUUUAUCACCUUCUCCGCCGCCGCCGCCGUCGCUUCUUCUUCUUUCUCUUUCUCUUUUCUCUCGCACUCACUCUCUUCCACUUCCUCUGUGCCAAAGUACUCUGACCAUCGGAGAGUCUCUGGAAGGAGAAAGAUCAGAGGCUCACCUGAUCGGUGAACACAUUUUCGAUUGUGGUGGCAAGACUGCAAAGAUUGACAGAAAUACAAAAAAGAAAGAAAGAAGAACAGCUGAUUUUUAUUAUAUUGGUUGCCUGGUUUCUUUGAGAGAAGAGCACACACGAGCCAUCAAUCGGGGUGAUCCGCAGUUUUUCUCAUUUCGUGCGCGUGUUCUUGUCUGCCAGACUUUGUUCAUAACAAAAAUGUGUGCUCGUUCCUUUGUGAUUUUGUUUUAAACCUUCUCAAAAUUAUAAACGGAAUUUUCAGAAUCUAAAUGAAUAGCUCUGCUUCAACGUUUGUUUUAAAGUAAAUUUGUGUCGUAUAAAAAGAAACUCAUCAAUUUUUGUGCUGCAGAAAAUUACUCUGACAAUUCGUAUAACUAUAUAAAACAUAAAGCUUUUUCUCAAAGCCUUGGUUUCAAACCCAUUUCCCAUCAAAAACGUACUUUUCUCUUUCUCUCUCCCCCAUCGCAUUCCUGACAGUUUCCGAUCAAACAACACGUUUACAUAAAUAAUACUGCCUUCGUUCUUUUCGCCAUUAUUCGAGAAUUGCCUUCGUAGAAAAGAUGGCUGACUGUCGCAUUUCCCUCUUGCCGACCGACACCACUUAUCAAUCAAACGAAACGGUUUCGAUGAAACAUCAUCUUUUUUCGCCAUUUCAUUUUUGCUACAACUGAUAUCGGGCGCGCGCUAGCGCGCGGGUUAUCGAUAAUUAUUGAAUUUUCCGGCGAAGCUGCAUUUUCACGUAUUCUCUAGUUUGGCGAAUUUCUUCUUGGACCGGAAAAGGUAAAUUUUCGCAACAAAAAGUGUCAAUUUUUUGUCUCGAAACGAUAAGACGAUAAGCACACUUUCAUUGUCAUUUCUCUGUUCUUUUUUUCUUCAAAUCCUAAAAACGUCAUCAAGUUAUCGAUAUAAUCCCUUCUAUAGUAACAUUUUCGCAUUCAAAAACCAUAAAUCUAUUUUUCUACGUCUUCUUCUUCGUUCUGGCUGAAGGCGUCAUAAUAACGACGCCAAUUAUCGUGUCAUUCCGCCGGAUUCUAGAAGCUGUCGGCCAAAUGAUACACUAUUUGGCCACUUUUCUCUUCGUUUUUUCCUUCUCCUCUCACGUAAACUCUUUCGUGCGAUUUUCAGCGAGAAACCAAUCAUGACGGUCACUUCGACGGCGACCUCUUCUUCGACCACAACGACGAUGGUGCCCGACGAGAGCGAGUGUCUGAAGAAGGAGGAAGAACGGUGAGCGACUGAAAUAAGUCAGGUUUUGCGCGAGAUCGCUAAAUUUCUUACAAUUUUCCACACUUGACAGAAUUUUUACGUUUUGUUUGGAGUGUCUGAAUUAAAAGUUUCAGCUCGAUCGGUUUAUAUUGAAAAGAGGCCGAGAGACUAAUAAUUGUGACAAGUUAGGGUUCGCUUUUUUUCUUUCUGCAAAAUCUGACAGCUUCGAACGAAUAAGCGUGUAAUAAAUUCUUGAUUUUAAAAGUCAGAUCAAAUCCGUUCGCCAAAUUACCGCUUUUCUCCAAAGUUAAUCCCAUCAUUUUGCGUUCAGAUUCAAAUCGCCGGACCCGGCGCCGACGCUCGACGAAGAGGUCGACAUUGCGACGUUGCCGUCAAUGUUGGAGGACGAUCCGAACGGAAAUGUGGUCGAGUGCGAUCUUGGAUUCCAGGCGCCACGAUGGGGUCCACAACACGCCGGAGCCAAGAAGCUCGCGUCAAUGUACAGCAAAGGUUCGGAAGGAGAGAAAGAAAGAGACGGAGACGGUCUUAUCACACCACUGCACUAUCAUGCCAUUUUGGGGUUCAAAGAAUUGUUCUUUUCACUCGAUUCGGGCGGAAAUUGCAAAAAGAAGGGUGGAGAAUUAGGAAAAAUGUGGAAAAAUGGGGAUUUUUGAGAUGUCUGAACAAAAAAUUACGAAAAAUGCUAUUCCAGCCUGAAAAUCACUGAAAUUGUGGUGAAUUGCAGAAAAGCGACUCCAAGAAGAAGUGUCGCUCGUCGUCGCCAUUUUUCUGUUCGCCGCCGUCUUCGUCAACCUGCUGCUCAGUUGGGAAUCGUCGAUUUGGAGUAGGUUUUUGCAAAAGUAGAUCGUCAAGGUCUCGUUUUCCGCAUUUUACCGAUUUUUUCAUGAGAAAUCACAUUUACCUUCAGAAUCGGUGGUGUUCUGCGCGGUGCUGGGCGUAAUGACCGCCGACUUCGCGUCAGGACUCGUUCACUGGGGCGCCGACACGUUCGGAAGCGUCGAGACGUGGUUCGGCCGCUCGUUCAUCCGUCCGUUCCGCGAGCACCACGUCGACCCGACCGCCAUCACGCGACACGAUUUCGUCGAAGUGAACGGCGACAACUUCAUGCUCUGCAUCGUGCCGCUCCUCUGGAUCACCUAUCAACAGUGCACGUACGAGCAGGAGCAGCUCACGCAAUGGGCCUCCUUCCACUGGUAUAUCCUUCUGCUCGGCAUCUACGUCGCGCUCACGAAUCAGGUGAUUUCAAGCGCGACUUUAGCAUUCUUGUGGCCUCGUUUCUCUAGAAAACACUGAAUUCGACAACGAGUUUUGUUAAAAGCUUGCGCAAAGGCUGCGUAAAGUCUGCGCAAACUUUUCGAGCUUGUAGCUUUUCCGCAAAAGUCACAGAGGUUUGACGAGCUGCCAGUGCUUUGCAAUUUUUUACAAAUUAAUUUAAAUUGUCCAUUUCAGAUUCACAAAUGGUCGCACACCUACUUUGGCCUCUCGAAAUGGGUGGUUUUCCUGCAAAAAGCGCACAUUAUUCUGCCGAGAAGUCAUCACAAGGUACUCAUUUUUCCCGUUUAGCCUUCUCUAAACCCAUACAUUUUUUCAGAUCCAUCACAUUUCGCCGCACGCGUGCUACUAUUGCAUCACGACCGGAUGGCUCAACUGGCCCCUGGAAUAUUUUGGUUCGCUUGUGUGCAAAGUUCAGAAAAUUUCACACUAAAUUCUGCAGGAUUCUGGCGCAAACUCGAGUGGGUGGUGACGGCGGCGACGGGAAUGCAGCCGCGCGAGGACGAUCUGAAAUGGGCGACCAAACUCAACUAA